AUGAAUACUCUUAUCCCUACGCAGCCACUGCUCGCUCCUCAUCUGCUCCCAAACUCCCGUCUAUCCCCCUCUCUUUCCUCGCCCGCUACGUCCAUGUCAUCAAGAAAGAGAAAGGCGGACGAUGACAUCAACAAUGAAGACAAUGAGAUGCGGAUGUCCGCCUCCCCAUCCAACUCCCCGUCGAUGGGCAACCGCCAACUCCCAUCGUUCCCAUCACAACGACAUACCCAGAAGCGACUCCGACUAAACCGGGAUUCCCGCUCCCUCGCCCUUCCUCGGCUGCUCGAAACCCUGGAUCAAAACGAACUCCGCUCCCUCCUCCGAACCAUCUGCGACCGGAACCCACAGAUCUCUGCGGAAGUAUCCCAGUGCGCCCCGCGGCCGAGUGUGGGUGCGGUGUUCAGCGUGUUAUCCAACUACGAAAACGCAUAUCGUACCGCCCUCCCGUACGGCACCCGGGAGGGGUCCGAUUACUCGUACAACCGCGUCCGCCAACCCCUCCUCGAACUCCUGGACGCCCUCAAAGAUUUUACCCCGAACUUCCUCCCCCCGAACGAGCCACAGCCGACCAUCUCCCUCGGAUACCUCGACCGCGCCACGGAGAUCAUCCAUCGGCUGCCGGAAUGGGACUCCUUCCAACACAACCGACACAAGCACGACGCAUACGAAGAACUUGCGGCGGCGUGGGCGGUGGUCAUCCGCGAAGCGUCGAAGCGGGCGGGGGGGAUCCAGCUGCAUAACGGUGAGUGGGACCAGAAAUUGCUCAAGCACAACGAGGCAUCCGGCGGACGAAUGGAGGAGGCAUUGCAGGUGAUGCGGCAGCAGCUGGGGUGGAUCAGCGGCGACGUCGGGCGUCCGAUGGCGGGAUCCUCGCAGCAGGAGCAUUCCGAGCCGUCGUCCAUUCGCCAACAGUUGCUGAACGGGACGUACGCACAGGGGGUCCGGGUGGGGCCGUGGUAA